GCAGCACUGGCACUUCCGGACCUCCAACUUAGACGGUUUAGUACCAGGUAGGAGUAGUGCCAUCACGCCCUGCUUAGCUUCUAUUUUCUUUGCACGGUUAUUAGCAUCAUCCAUGAUGACUGUCUUUCAUCUGUUCCUAUUUUUGGAGUGAGAUGCGGGAUCGAGAUUAACCCCGAGUAUCGUGAUUCCCCACCCCACUUCCUUUCUCCUCGACUUUCUGUCCGAAACGACUGGUUCUUUGAAAAGGCCUCGAAGGAUGCCGACCCAGUAUCUCGACGCAAUACGCAUGGACACAAACGACGCAGACUCCAAUCAUCUUCCAAGAUUUCGAGCUCCGGUAGCUCCGCGGCGGGCGAUCACAGAUGCUUGGUUCCAACCCCUCACCUUGCUUCGAUAAUCGGGAAGCUGGAUUUAUCGUACUCUUGACAGACUAGGCCGGACAGACUAGGUGGUGCUACCCUCAAGGGAACGAGCGAGUCCAGAUGACUUCUCAACAGUCUCAAGGGACGUCGAGUCCGUCCGCGUCUUCGAUCUUCCUUCCGCUCGGACGACGAGGCUCCCGCGCGUCUCUCUCCACGCAGGCCGAACAGGAGAACUUAAACGCCGCCCUCGAUCAAAUUCAUACGGCCGCAUACCAAUCAGACUCCCUCACUGUCUUUAAUGACUUCACCAACCCUCCCGCCACGAGGUCCGCCACUGACGACAAGAGUGUAUCGGGGGAACUACAAGGGGGUCUGAGUGGAUUGUACAGCAGGUUCAGAACCUCUGUUGGUGGAAUGGUGAGCGGCGUGGGUAGAUCUACCGAUAAGGCUUCUGCGGAGGACCCCGCUUUAAAAAGCCCACGUCCUUUGAAGAGUCCCCCCUCGGAGCGCUCUGCAGCGAGAUCUGCCCAUGAGUCGGCGGCUUCCAUCGCAGAGACUCAGCGAAACAGCCAUUCUUCCGCUCAAACUUCUAGGAUACCUUCGCCGGUGUCCGCCAUACACCACUCGAUCCAUGAUGGCCAGCAACCCCUUGGGCUUGGCAAAGGCUCCAAACUCUCUUCGAAAGCAGCCAGUAUCUCCUCCAAGGCCUCGGCUUCCACCUCCCUCGCGAACAAGCCCCCCGUUCCGCCUCUGCCCAAGGCUACCACCAGCUCCACGGCCGCGGAUCCGACCGUAACUGAAGUCAACGUGAAUGCAGUCAAGGAGCCUUCGCAUCCUUCCAGUAUUAAAUCGGUCAAUCCCUCUACUCACAGCCUACAAACCCUGGACUCAUCCGGCUUCGAUAAAGAAGACGGCACGCUCAAUACGUCGCUGGCCUCCUCUGGAUGGGGCCAGCGACUCAAGCAAUCUCCAGUCAUACAGCCAAACCCCCAUGGAAAUGCUCCCGAAGGGCCAAGUGUUACAGGCCACAGCAGGACUCCGACUACGGGCAGCCAGGCGACCGAUCACUCAAGAAGGAUAGAGGGGCAAAUGACUCAUGAGUUUGAUCAGACCCUGCCCGGCCCUGCGAGGAAGGCAAGGCGUUCAAUCGACGGACCGCAAGACGGCGCGGCGGCGGCACUCCAUCAAGAGCGACUACGGUCCAAUUCAGGUGCUUCAUUCGUUCUCGAUAAAUCAGCGGGAGCUUCGCUCUCUAGUGCAAACCGCAUCUCCCGAGUUCCCACGCGUGAGGACAGCAUCAUCUCUGAAGGCCAGAAAACUCCUGCCGAUGACUCUUCCAUGUCCCUGAAAAGAGAUCAGAUGCAGCCGCGAAACUCUCCACAAAUGAGCGCGACCAGCGAUCAACCAAGGAACCGACCGGAGAUUGGAAAUCCGAGCCGCAGGCCUGGCCAUGUGCCGUCGAAGUCGUCCGUCUCUGAGACCUCAAUAGGGCCUGCCGCUUUACCGCACAUAAACACAACAUUCGAUCGCGUGCCAAGCCAAGAAGGGAGGAAUUGGCACACCGGUGGUGACGGGGUGAUGUCGCAGCUGAGAAGUAAACUGCUCAGUAAGGACUUCUGGAUGCGCGAUGAGAAUGCCAAGGAUUGUUUUCACUGUGGCGAGCCCUUCUCGACCUUUCGGCGAAAACACCACUGUCGGACCUGUGGCCAGAUAUUCGACUCUAAGUGCACUCUUCUUAUACCAGGAGAAGGAUUCGGUCAGCCGGGCUCCAUACGCGUUUGCAGACCGUGCGAGGAUAUGAUAAACGGCCAUGAUGAUGACUCCUCUGAAUUCUCCGACAGCGAACACAGCCCGAUCAUCGUGAAUCCUCGUCUAUCUGAACUUAGUUUCGGGGGUCAGUCGCGAACAGGAGCAGACGACGAUGACACUUCCUCCAUCGUGUCGCAGUCUCUCGAUCACGUCAUAAAGACACCUACAAUGGCUAUCCCCGCCACGAGACGUGCUGGGGAAGGUCAUAAUCGCCGGUCGGCAGUCCUAGAGAUUAGCCCGGAUCGUCCGCUAGCGAGACCCACAUCAUCCCGAUCAUUAAGGUCUUCGCUCGGCGGAAGAACACACUCAAUGGGCCAUAAGCGCCAUCACUCCCGCCAACAGUAUAUCCGUAAUCCCAAAUCGUUUCACGACGAUAGGGCUCCAUUCCAGAGACGCCACGUGGAGGACGCGGCACCAGAGUCGAAGCUCCCUGCAUUUCACAAAGACAAUAUCAUUGACCCUGACCUGGCGCAGUACCUCUCCGACGAUGCCUCUAGUGGCGAUGAGCAGCCAAGUCUGCUGUCAGCUGUUUCAGAAAGUUCACUGCCAAAGAAUGGCGGGGACAAUGAGAGAACCACAUUUGGAGGGUUCCUGGCAGCUAUGAAAAAGGGCCGAUCUGCAUUUGGAGAUAAAAGCACCGCGAGUGCGAACCUUCGUGAUGCCGAUGACGCCAGUAUUACCAGCUCCAAGGCCGCCAACAUCCCGCGUAUGUCAAGACGACGUAACCUCAGCGUCGCUAGUAGUAUUCACCCACGCAAUUCUCCGAGGGCAUCAAAAGAUAGUAUUUUCAACCCUCCCGAGUCAUCAACCCCGGCCCAGGUUUUGCCCACCAUGGUACCCCGAAGCGAUUUCAAAAUAACGCGGAGCUCGUCGAUGCGAGGAGACGGCGCCCCACCGGUCGAGCUCAAUAAAGCCAGUUUACACCAUGUCCAUAGGCUCCUCAGGCAGUUGUUGAAAGACUCGUCUAUCCCUCAUGCUCAAAGCUGGGAAACGGCACUCCUCCCGAUCCUGCUGAAAGCGGCCGAUGAAGUCGACCCCGAUGUGCAAAAUGGCGACGAUAUGGAUAUUCGACAUUAUAUCAAAUUGAAAAAGAUCGUGGGUGGUCGACCGGGAGAUACUUCUUACGUGUCGGGGUUGGUGUUUACGAAGAACCUCGCUCUUAAGAGCAUGCCCAGGAGCAUCCCUCGGCCAAAGAUCUUGAUCAUCACAUUUCCCCUUGAAUAUGCCCGUCACCAGCAACAUUUCAUGAGUCUAGAACCUGUCAUUCGCCAAGAGCGUGAAUUUCUCGAAAAUCUAGUCAGCCGAAUAACAGCUCUACGACCUACUCUGUUACUGGUGGAGAAGAAUAUCUCGCGACUGGCUUUGGAGCUUUUGGAGAAAGCCAAUAUCCCCACAGCCUACAAUGUCAAAUCGUCGGUUCUCGAAGCCGUGUCUCGCUGCACACAAACAAGGAUCAUCACUUCCAUGGAUAAAUUGGUCACCACCCCAGUGACCAGUGUAUGUGGCAGCUUCGACGUCAAGACCUACGUGCACAACGGCCGCCGGAAGACUUACAUGUACCUGUCGGGGUGUCGAAAAGAACUUGGUUGCACUAUAGUUCUGCGCGGGGGCAAUCACGACCUGCUGACUAGAGUCAAAAGGAUUACCGAAUUCAUGGCUUAUGUCGUCUACAACCUCAAAUUGGAGACUUGUUUGAUGCGAGAUGAAUUCGCCCAAAUACCAACUUCAGUCGAACCGGAUGUUGAGACAAAACCAAGGGACAUGGGGUCAGGUGCCCUGCCUGCGGCAGCGAAAUUAGACGAUAAAACCGGCUUUGCGACACCAGGCGAGAAGCAAGAAAUGAACGAGGACAAGGGUGAUCCUUUCUCUCAAGAUAAACCGAGCGUUGCAAGCGAGGCGAUCGAGGUGCCUGAUGAUGUUCCGAUGCCGACUUACUAUGAAGAAAUCGUUCAAAACCACAAGACCAAGAUCUUAUCUGCGUCUCCUUUUGUCAAAUUUGAGCCUCCUCAUCUGUUGAUGCGUGCGAGAGAGAUGGAACGCCGACUAGCUUACCUCCAGCGCCUACGUGACCAGGACCUCAAAAUUGACCAGCCAUCCGACGAGAAAUCCAAGGCCCAGAAGUUUGUCCUUAUAACCCCUGAAAUGGUUCAUCGAUCCCCUACGGGUGCCGCGCCCAAGGUAAUGGAGGUUUUACACGCGGCCCACGAUGCCGAAUACGAUAGGGCGAUGCACAAUUACCUGACACAGAAACGACAGUGGGAAGCUUAUAUCUCUGGCACUGAUGUUGGCCUGUUUGACCCAUUUGCGCAUCAGAAUAUCGUCGUUCUUUUCAGUCUUGUCUGUACAGAAACGUCAAUCCCUUGUUCUGGUCCGGACUUGCUUGCUAUGGAGUACUACAACGAACACGAAGACGAGACGAUAUUCGAGCCUGACUGUGCGCUUGGCCAAUACGUGGAAGAUGUCUGCAUCAACGCCAAUGCUGAAUGUUUUACGGACGGCUGCGAGAAACGAUACUUUGAACACCAUCGUCAGUACGUCCAUGGAGAAGGCCAGAUCAGCAUUUUUACCCAGCCCUAUCCCUCCAAACUCAGGGGUCUCCAGGACACAAUCUUGAUGUGGAGUUGUUGCAAGAUCUGUGGCAAUGAAACACAGGUUUUUCCAAUGUCGGAAAACACGUGGAAGUACUCGUUUGGCAAGUACCUGGAGCUUUCGUUUUGGAGCAAGAACCUGCAUGCUCGCGCAGGCGUUUGCCCUCACGAUUUGCAGCGGGAUCACCUUCGUUUCUUCGGUUUUAAAGACGUUGCUUUACGCAUCCACUACGAUGCCAUCAACCUGCUCGAGAUCAUCGUGCCUAGGACCCGAGUCACUUGGAAGGUGGACAAUGAUUUAAAGCUCCGCAAUGAAAUAUACCUAAGGAGUGAGGGCCGCAUCAAGAAGUUCAUGGACUCCGUCCGAGCCAGGUUGAAAGGGAUCAACAUUGAAAGCGGUGUGAUUCCAGAAAAGGCGGAAGAAUGCAAGAGGGAGAUCGAGGUUCUGACCCGCAAAAGUUUCGAGGAUCAAGCGACUUUGAUCAAGCAGCUGCAAGACAAGUACACAAACUCUCGGUACUGGGAGGUCAUACCCUUGAAUGAGGUUCUGCGCUCUGUGCAAGAGCGAGUCGUGGAGUGGGACACCGUCUUCGCCGAAUUUGAAAAGAACUAUUUCCCCUCCGAAAAAGAUAUCAGGCGGCUGGCGACGCUGCAACUCAAGAAGAUCUUCUUGGACAAGGACGCUUCCGUGACAUCCAUCACCUCUUCUGAUGAACAGCCGACGCCUCCAAAUGAGGCGGAGAGUGAGAGUAUCGAAGAGCCUGAAGAAGGGCGGCCAAUGCGUCGCAUGACUCUCUCCCCCGAAAAGGCGCAGGACGUUCUCGUGUCUGUAGUUGAGGAGCACUCGGGAAACAAGAAUCGAGCCAUUGCCCAAGACCUAGAAUCUCCCAGGGUCGAAGAGGUCGAUUCAACGAUCCCCUCACCACCACCAGAGAUGAAAUCGCCUCCAGCCGAAUCUGGGCUCGACCAGGAGCGCUCUGAGGCAACAGGAGCCGCUGUUCAACCUGAAAAACUUCCGACAGAGUCAAGCCCCCCGACGAAAUCUCCAGAGUCAGAUUCUUUGCCUGUUCGCUCAAGAAACAGCUCGACAGAGCUGCCUACCAGCGGACAACCGAUCGCUCGUAAGAUGAGCCAGAGGAGCACUGACGGGGACAGGACGAGGAGCCACACAAUUGCGAGUAACUCCCCCUCAAAUAUCCCACGCCCAGCUGAAAGUGCUUCGCGACGCAGCGGGAAAGCAACCUCACCACCAAUGCUACGCGCCCAGUCCCAGCCUCUCCAGUUUCAGAAGAAUGCACCCAAUGACAACGUGCCCUCGAAAGGGAAAAAGGCGGGAUCAAGCAAGGCCGGCGAGUCCGGGGAUGUUCCCAGCCUGUCUCCCCCCGAGGGUAAAGCCAAGUCUCCGGAGAAAAAGUUGACGGAUCGACUCGGUCUCGGUGCUUUUAGGAAUGCGAAGAUUACACCCGGUCCUUCUCUCAUACCUCGUUCUAUCCCGGGCAGGAAAGAUAGUUCUCGUGUGUCGAAUCUAGCGAAGCAUUUUGAACAGCUGAGUCGCGAGUUCGAGAAAGAACGUCAACGGGAGAGGGCUCGUCGAACGGCUCGAGGAACCCAUUCCCGGGCAUUUCCUCUGGCAAGUUCGAAACCUAUUGUCGAAGUCUAUAAGAAUGUCAGGGAAGCUGUUGAAGAACGGGAGCCAUCGGCCGAGGGUGAGGAUCUCGCGACGUCCAUUCCGAAAUUACCGGCCGACGAGUCCAGCCGGGGAAGCGAUGAGUUUAUGGGAAGGGCCUCCGAAGAAGAACCGAGAAAGAGAGCAUCCUCGCCCGAACCCUCUGUCCCGGUACCAGAAAACGACAAGAACGACCACCACGCUCUGUCGGAUGGAGAGGAAGCCCACACCGACGAAGACCGGAUAUCAGCGGACGGACUCCAUAUCACGGAUUCGAAUGAGGAUCUUGGCAAGAUGUCCCCCGAGGAGGAACAGCUCGACCUCAGAGAGCUUCCCAAACACGAGAGAAGCACGCUGCUGAGGCUGCUGACGACCUUUUGGUCCGAACGCUCGGCCAGCGGAUGGGCCCCUCUCAGCUACCCGCUCACGAUGUCCGACCACGUCUUUGCCGACUGCGACAUUAUCGUGAGGGAGGACGAGCCGAGCUCGUUGAUCGCCUUCGCGCUGGACUCCCAGGACUACAAGGACAAAUUAACUAGCAUACAAGAGCGCUACGAGGCGCAGGACGAGUUAGAAUUGGGCCUGGAGAAGGGGACGGAGGCGAUGGCCGAAACCCGAGUCGAGCACGCGCUUCUCCGGUCCACGGGAACACACCUGAAAUACCAGUUCCAAGAAGGCCAGGCCAAGAUGCUCUGCAAGGUAUUCUACGCCGAGCAGUUCGACGCGCUGCGGCAAAAGUGUGGGGUCUCUGAGCGGAUCGUGGAAUCGCUCUCGCGGUGUGCCAAGUGGGACUCGCAGGGCGGCAAGACCAAGUCACUUUUCCUGAAGACUCUCGACGACCGAUUCAUCCUGAAGUCGCUGUCCACCAUCGAAACGCAGGCAUUCCUCAAGUUCGCGCCGGCGUAUUUCCAGAUCAUGUCUGAAGCCCUGUUCCACGAGCUGCCGUCGGCGAUCGCCAAGAUGUUCGGCUUCUACCAAGUCAUCAUCAAAAACCCCGCCACAGGGACAGAAUUCAAUUGGUUCCUCCUGCUAAUGGAAAACCUGUUCUACGACCGCGUGCCAACCCGCAUCUUCGACCUCAAGGGCUCGAUGCGCAACCGCAAGGUACAAAGCACAGGCGAACGCAACGAAGUACUCCUAGACGAAAACAUGGUCGAAUUCAUCUACGAGACGCCGCUGUUCGCUCGGGAACACUCAAAGAAGCUUCUCAGCCAGAGCGUCUGGAACGACACGCUCUUCCUGGGCCGCCAGGACGUCAUGGACUACUCGCUCAUGAUCGCCAUCGACGAAAGCCGCUCGGAGCUCGUAGUGGGAAUCAUCGACUGUAUCCGCACUUACACGUGGGAUAAGAAGCUGGAGUCGUGGAUCAAGGACCGAGGAUUUGCGGGCGGUGGCAAGAACAGGCCCACUGUCACCAGUCCUAAGGAGUAUAAGGGGCGGUUCCGCGAGGCGAUGGCCCGAUAUGUGCUUCAGGCACCUACCUGUUGGCAUCAGUUCCAGGCCUCUCAGGUUCCCCGGUACAUGCCUCUGGGACAAUCCCAACACGCUCUUAUUGCUGAAUCUGAGGGACCUGAUGGACCUAUAGAUUCGUGGUGAAUACGCAGGAAAUUGGUAGUAUAUGGUCAAACGGACGACGUAAUGACGGCGUUAUGGCAGGCGGCACAUUGGUUUAACUUGGGUUACACUCUUUGGAUUGGAG